AUGACCUGUGAUGAUAUGCUUGAUGCCCUUGCAAAAGCUGACUGGACUGCGAACAUCAAGGUUGUUCACACCGAGGCUGCAAAAAAGUUCAGAGGAAUUUGGCAGGUAAUACGAGAUCACGAAAAGGUUGAAGAAGACUUACAAUGGAGAGAGGAACGUGAACAACGUGCAGCUGUGAAGGAGGCUGCAAAAGCUGUCAAAACUGUGAUGACACUUGCUGCAAAGUGCAUCGCAGAUGCCCAAAAAGCAGCUAAGCGCGAGCUGGUGUUGGCUCGCAAGGCUGAAGAAGCGGCUGCCAAGAAAGCCGCAGUCGAGGCAAAGUGUUCUGCAGCAGCUGCCAAGCAAGCAGAUGCAGAAGAGAAGAAACAUGUUGCACACGAGCGCAAAAUUGCAGCGCAAGCAGCUGGAGAAAGCAUCAAAAACCAUUUCUCAGAAAAUCACAACCUUGUCAAUGAUAACACCCUCAAACCUCUUCAGCCCUCAAAUAUCUGUCCUCGCCCUCGUCCUCAACCCAUCCUGCACUGA